AUGUCACAAGUGGUGCUUCGCGGCCGGGGCGGUGCCGUUGGUGCUGCUUCUUCCGUGUCGGCGGGUCGAACUCCUGCCACCGCUGCAGCACUUCGCACUCCGGUUGCCACUGCCCAGCACCUUACUGUCCCUGCUUCCAGAUGGGGUGGCGAGUGGCGGGCCUGGCGUGUGUUGAGUCGCGUCGAGGGCCGAGGAGGAGGCAACGUCCACGGCAGCCUGCUGCGGCCUAACCAGAACCGGCGGUGGUUGCAUGUGAGCACCACACUGGCAGCGCGCGGACCUGGAGAGGAACCACCGGCCGCUGCCGGUGAGAAGGCCCUGGAGGAGGUCUACCAGCGCAAGACGCCGGUGGAGCACGUCCUUCUCCGGCCCGACAGCUACGAGCUCUGGGUGUUGUCGGCCCAGAGCGGCCACCCGAAGGCCGUGCUGCGCGAGUGUGGCUAUGUGCCGGCGCUCUACAAGAUAUUCGACGAGAUUCUUGUCAACGCAGCCGACAACAAGCAACGUGAUCCCAAUAUGACGACGAUCAAAGUGUGGAUAGACGCGGAACAAGGCAGCAUUCGCAUCCUCAACGACGGACAAGGCAUCCCGGUGCACGUGCACAAACAAGAGGGGCUCUACCUGCCGGAGCUCCUGUUCGGCCACCUGCUAACGGGUUCCAACUUUGAUGAUUCCGUGGCCAAAGUGACCGGUGGGCGAAACGGGUACGGUGCCAAGCUGGCCAACAUCUUCUCGAAGGAGUUCACGGUGGAGACGGUUGACUGCAAGCGCGGAUUCAAGUUCGUGCAAACAUGGCGCGACAACAUGAGCACUACCGAUGGCCCCCGCGUUUCACCGUUGACCCAACAGGAGCAGGAGGCGAAGGACUACACGGUGGUGACCUUCAAACCGGACCUGUCGCGAUUCGGUAUGCAGACGCUCAAAGAUGACGACAUUUUGUCGGUGAUGAACAUGCGUGUUUAUGACGUAGCCGGCUGCAACGAAACGCUGAAGGUGUACCUCAACGAACGUCCAUUGCCUGGUUCGUUCAAAGAUUACCUCAGUCUGUACUACGGCCCGGAGGUUGUAGAAGAAGCCUUUGUCUUCGACAAGAUCAACGAUCGCUGGCAGGUGGGCGUUGGCAUAUCCGAUUCGGGGCAGUUUUCGUCCAUCAGCUUUGUCAACAGUAUCAACACUCGAAGAGGUGGCACCCACGUCAACUACAUUGCGGACCAGGUUGUCAAAUAUGUGGUCGACAAGAUCAACAAGACCGACCCUGACCUCAAAGUGCAACCGGCCCACGUCAAGAACCACCUGACGGUUUUUGUCAACGCGUUGGUCGAGAACCCGUCGUUCGACUCGCAAACGAAGGAGACUCUCACGACGCGGCCUCGCAACUUCGGUUCGGAUUGCCAACUGAGCACCCAGCUCCUGGACAAUAUCUUGGAGAGGACGCGCAUCGUGGACACGGUGAGCCGCUGGAUGUACAUGAAGCAGAGUUCUGACCUGGCCAGGAAGGCGGCCUCCGGGCGCAGUGGCACUCGCAUCUACGGCAUUCCCAAGCUGGACGAUGCCAACUUGGCCGGCAGCGCCAACUCCAAGGACUGUACGCUGAUCCUGACCGAAGGAGACUCGGCCAAAUCGCUGGCGGUGGCCGGCCUGUCUAUUCUGGGCAGGGAUCACUACGGCGUGUAUCCGCUUAAGGGAAAGCUGCUCAACGUUCGCGAUGCUACUCAUCGCCAGCUACUGGAGAACAAAGAGAUCAACGAGAUAACAACCAUUCUCGGUCUUAACCACGAGCGCACCUACAGCGAUGCAGAGGCAACCGAUGCCGAACAAUCGGGCGAAGUGGCCAGCGACGGGCUUCGAUAUGGCAAGGUCAUGCUCAUGACCGAUCAGGAUCAUGAUGGUUCGCACAUCAAGGGCCUGUUCAUCAAUUUCCUCCAUCGAUUUUGGCCAUCGCUGCUGGAGAAGGGCUACGUCGAGGAGUUCAUAACGCCCAUCGUGAAGGCCACCAAGAAGGGCGCCGGCAACAAGAAAGAAGAGAAGGUGUUCUUCGCCAUCCCCGAGUAUCAGCGCUGGAAGGAGGAGCUGGACCCGGCCGAGAAGAGCAAGUGGCGGAUCAAGUACUACAAGGGACUGGGCACCAACACGACCGAGGAGGGCAAGGAGUACUUCAAGGCUCUGGGCAAGCACCGCAUCGGCUUCGAAUGGCAGGGCGAGCAGGACGGCCGACAGAUCGACAUGGCCUUCAGCAAGGACCAGGUCGAGCAACGCAAGCAGUGGCUGAUGGCCUUCUACGAGGAGCAGAAGCAACGAGUGGCCGACCACAACUACGACGUGCCGCUCUAUUCCGAGGAUCUGUUCAAGAAGGACGAGGAAGCCAGAAUGAUCUCCUACUCGGAUUUCAUCAACAAGGAGCUAGUCCUGUUCUCGAACGCGGAUAACAUCCGCAGCAUUCCGUCAGUCAUCGAUGGCCUCAAGCCUGGUCAGCGUAAGGUCUUGUAUGCGUGCUUCAAGCGGAAACUGCACAGCGAAAUGAAGGUGGCGCAGCUAGCCGGCUACGUGUCCGAGCAGACGGCCUACCACCACGGUGAAGCGUCGCUCCAUUCGACCAUCGUCCACAUGGCGCAAAACUUCCCGGGCUCCAACAACGUCCCCCUCCUCUAUCCGGCUGGGCAGUUCGGCACACGACUGCAGGGCGGGAAGGACGCCGCGAGCGCUCGCUACAUAUUUACUCGUCUGGACCCAGCGGCUCGCCUGCUGUUCCGGGAAGAGGAUGAUCACCUGCUCAACUACCUAGAUGAAGACGGGGAACAGGUGCAACCGCAAUACUUCGUCCCAGUCCUCCCCACCAUUCUGCUCAACGGCUGCGAAGGCUUGGCUGAGAUCAUGUGUCGUCGCUCUCGGGUCUACCAAGGCACGGGCUGGAGCACGCAGAUCCCGUCGUACAAUCCUCUGCAGAUCAUCGAAAACUUGCGGCGCAAGAUCGAAGGCAAAGAGAUGGAGAAGAUAGCGCCCUGGUAUCGCGGCCUGCAAGGUCCCAUUCUGCGAAAGAAGGGUUCGCCCAGCUACGUGUCCAUCGGCCUCGUCGAAAAGAUCAACCCCACGACGAUACGCAUCAGCGAUCUGCCAGCAAAGCGGUGGACUGCAACAUACAAAGAGUUCUUGGACCAAAUGGCCAAACCUCCGCGGCGUGGAAGGAGGGCUCUCAUCAAGGGCUUUAAGGAACACCACACGGAGAACAGUGUCGAUUUCCACGUCUACAUGACCAAGGAGCAAAUGGAGCUGGCGGAGAGCGUGGGGUUGGUGGAGCAUUUCAAGUUGUACAGCCAGAUCAGCCUCAACAACAUGCACCUCUUUGACAAGGACGGCAAGAUCCGUCGUUUCGAGUGCCCGCUCGAAAUUAUUGAUGAGUUCUUCCCUCUGAGGUAA